AUGGUGAUCAAAAAUAAGCAGGUUCGCAAAUUGCAGAACAUCAAGCGCAAGCGAACAGAAAGCGCUGCCAAACACACUUUCCGCCAUGAGCGGAGAAAAGAAGAGACCAAAAAUCCCAGUCUUAGAGCCGAACGUCUUGCUCGCUCGGUGCCAUUGACGCUCGACAGAAAACGAACAUGGGACGACGUAGGAAGUGACGACGAAAAUCUACUCGGCUUGAGCGUCGAUAUCGAAAGACUCAAGAGACAAAAACAAGCAGAAGACGAGGCUGAUAAGGAAGCCCUAGAGAAUGGCAAAGAAGAAGACGAGGAUAAUGAUGAUGCCGAUGAGGUUGACAGCAUGAUAAUGACUGACUCGGAGGAGGAAAAUGACAACGAGGACGAAGAGGACGAUGAAGGAAAUUCGAAGACAAGGCAAAGCCGAAAGAAAACGCUGCCUACCGCUACUGAAAGAGCGACAUCACCAACACACUCAACACGAUCUACGAAACUCGAUUUAGCCCCUGAAGCGCUCGCAGCCAAAUUCCCGACACUAUUCGCACCCCAAACAACAGCCCCGAAAAUCCUCAUCACAACCGGGAUUAAUUCUACCUUACAUCACGAAGCAAAACUCUUUACCUCUCUAUUCCCCAAUAGCGUCUAUAUUCGAAGAACCGCCCACCAUCACGCUCAUAAGUUCUCCGUCAAAGAGAUAGCCAAGUUUGCAAGCAACCGCAAUUUCACUGCGCUGGUCAUAGUCAACGAAGAUCAGAAGAAGGUCUCCGGUUUGGACAUUGUUCAUCUGCCACAAGGACCAAUGUUCCACUUUUCAGUUUCGAAUUUCAUCGAAGGCAAAAAGUUACCCGGUCACGGCACGGCGUCGGAAGCAUUCCCAGAACUCAUCUUGAACAAUUUCCGCAGUCCUCUCGGUAUCUUAACGGCGCAUCUAUUCAAGUCGCUCUGGCCACCGCAGCCGGAUCUUGCGUACCGACAGGUGGUCACUAUACACAAUCAAAGAGACUACUGCUUUGUGCGUCGUCAUCGAUAUGUGUUCCGUGAGAAACGAGAAACCGAGAAACCCGUUGUUGAUACUGAUGGGAAGGAAAUCAAAGGUGUUGAAGGCAUAAAAACUGGUCUGCAAGAAUUAGGGCCAAGAAUGACUUUAAAACUGAGGAGGGUUGAUAAAGGGAUUCAGCGCAGCAGUGGUCAGGAGUGGGAGUGGAAGGGGAAAAUGGAGAAAACGAGAACAAAGUUUCAGCUUUAG